AUGGACCCAACUAUUUACUCAUCUGUUGAAGACGCUUUUGACGUCAUUAUCAUUGGGGCCGGUAUAUCUGGUAUCAACACGGCGUACUACUUGCAAAGUCAAGGACCGCAGAAUGCUUCGUAUGCUAUCUUAGAGGGGCGGGGCGACAUCGGGGGGACUUGGGAUCUUUUCCGCUACCCAGGCAUACGAUCAGACUCAGACAUAUACACCUUUGGAUUCUCCUGGAAUCCGUGGAAGGGUGAUAAUCCGUUGGCAAGUGGUCCGGCAAUCAAGUCUUAUCUUCAUGAGUCUAUUUCUACCCAAGGUAUCGACAAGAACAUCAGAUUCCAUCACCAGGUCACUUCUGCAGACUGGAAAUCGACAGAGAACCUAUGGAGACUGCAGGCAACCGUGGGCGGUGAGAAAACGAAGACCUUCAAGGCCCGGUUUAUCGUCUUAGGUACAGGCUACUAUGAUUACGAACAGCCCCUGGCAUCCCAAAUACCUGGAAUUGAGACUUUUUCAGGCCCUGUGGUCCACCCACAAUUUUGGCCGAAGGAUUUGGACUACAGAAACAAAAAUGUAGUCAUUGUGGGAAGUGGUGCCACUGCAGUGACACUGCUUCCUAACAUUGCGACUGACGCUCAGAGCACAACAAUACUUCAGAGAAGUCCAACCUACAUCAUCGGGCUACCAAAGAGAAAAGGACUCCUAAGCAGACUUAUGGCCUCUGCCCUGCCAAAGGGAAUUUCGAGCCGUAUUCUUCGGCUCCAGUACAUGCUGAUGGGGUAUCUGUUUUACUACUACUGCGUGCUCUUUCCAAGAUCAGCUCGUCGAGUCUUGCUUGGUCGUGCUGCUAAGGAACUACCGCCUUCUAUACCUGUGGAUCCAAAUUUCAGGCCACGAUAUAAUCCUUGGCAGCAGCGCCUUUGUGUAUGCCCGGACGCCGACUUUUUUGCAGCUCUACGAUCUGGGAAGGCCGACAUUGUCACAGAUAUCAUUGAUAAUGUUACAAACGAACAUAUCUUCCUGAAGUCCGGUAAAACUCUCAAGCCAGACAUAAUCAUCACUGCGACAGGCCUACGGAUUCGGUUUGGAGGGGCAAUAUCCAUUUCGGUGGAUGGUGUUCACAUAGACCCAAACCUGAAAUUUGGAUUCAAAGGCUGCAUGCUUCAGGAUGUUCCCAACUUGGCUUAUGUAUUCGGUUACGCAAAUGCUUCAUGGACCUUGGGUGCUGAAGCAACUGGCACCUACCUCGUGCGACUUUGGCGCGAUAUGAAAUUGCAAGGCGUCACAUCUGUGACUCCUUACAUUAAAAGCGCCGAAGGUAUGAAGUCCAGGCCCAUAAUGAACCUGACUUCCACAUAUGUUAAACACGCAGCCAAAGUAUUUCCAAAGGCAGGAGAUGGACUUUGGGCACCAAGGAGACUCUACAUGCUGGAUCUGUGGCAGGCUAUGGUUGGGAAACCCUUCGAAGGCUUGAAGGUUGCUUACAAGUCCAAAUCAUGA